GCUAAAGCUGUUAGCCUCAUGCUAAGAGCUGUGACUGGCUCUUGUUUUUACGCCUCUCUUGUCCCCUUACCGUCCGGCGUGUGUGUGCCCCCUAAACAUGGCGGCCUUGAGAGUCUUGUGUCGAGCCGAUACUUUAAAACACCUGUCUGGUCCUUGCAGAACCGUGUUCAACUUUGACAAGCGUCCAUUGACCAAGACAUGCAGCUGCUACAUUUCUACCUCCAACCAGAGAAGUUCACAGUUCUACUCCAAUCCGACAGAUGCGGUCAAAGACAUCCCGGACGGAGCAACUGUACUGGUGGGAGGCUUUGGAUUAUGUGGCAUUCCUGAGAAUCUCAUCAGCAGUUUACUGAAGACCGGCGUGAAGGGACUCACUGCAGUCAGCAACAAUGCCGGAGUGGAUAACUUCGGCCUGGGUCUGCUCCUUCAGACCAAGCAGAUCAAGAGAAUGAUCUCAUCUUACGUCGGGGAGAAUGCAGAGUUUGAGCGACAGUAUCUAUCUGGAGAGUUGGAGGUGGAACUGACUCCACAGGGCACCCUAGCAGAGAGAAUCCGAGCUGGGGGUGCAGGGAUUCCUGCCUUUUUCACCGCUACCGGCUAUGGCACACUGAUCCAGGAAGGAGGAUCGCCUAUUAAGUACAACAAGGAUGGCAGCAUUGCCAUUGCCAGUGAAAAACGCGAGGUGCAGGAGUUCAAUGGCAGACACUACAUCAUGGAGGAGGCCAUCACUGGAGACUUUGCACUGAUCAAGGCAUGGAAAGCUGACAGGGCUGGAAAUGUUGUUUUCAGGAAAACAGCCAGAAAUUUCAACCAGCCCAUGUGCAAGGCAGCCAAAACCACCAUAGUUGAGGUAGAAGAGGUGGUGGAUGUUGAGACUUUUGCUUCAGAGGACAUCCACAUCCCAAGUAUCUACGUUCACAGAAUUGUCCAGGGAGGCAGCUAUGAAAAGAGGAUUGAGAAACGCACAGUUCAGAAAAGCCAAGAGGAGAAGCCCAAACCAAAGAAAGAUUCCGAUAUUGUUCGGGAAAGGAUAAUUCGCCGUGCAGCUUUGGAGUUUGAGGAUGGGAUGUAUGCUAACCUCGGUAUUGGCAUCCCCAUGUUGGCCAGCAAUUUCAUCAAACCAGACAUCACUGUGCAUCUGCAAAGCGAAAAUGGCAUUUUGGGAUUGGGCCCAUACCCCACUGACGCUGAAGUAGAUGCAGACCUGAUUAAUGCUGGCAAAGAGACUGUCACGGUGCUCCCUGGAGCUGCCUAUUUUUCCAGCGAUGAGUCAUUUGCCAUGAUCCGAGGCGGUCACAUCAACCUGACAAUGCUGGGAGCCAUGCAGGUGUCAAAGUUUGGAGACCUUGCCAACUGGAUGAUUCCGGGUAAGAUGGUGAAGGGAAUGGGUGGAGCGAUGGAUUUGGUGGCCAGUGCUGGAACCAAGGUCGUGGUCACCAUGGAGCACUCGGCAAAGGGGGGUAAACAUAAGAUAUUGGACAAGUGCCUCCUCCCUCUGACGGGAAAGCAGUGUGUGGAUCGGAUCAUCACAGAAAAGGCCGUGUUUGAUGUGCAUAAGACAAAAGGUCUUACACUGAUAGAAGUGUGGGAGGGACUCACUCCAGACGACAUCAAGGUGUGCACCGGUACAGAUUUUGAGGUGUCUCCCGACCUGAGGCCAAUGCAGCAGAUCUAGAAGUGUAUCUCUCUGAGUGGGUUAAGGCUGGAGAUCCACUAGCCUAAAGACAGGUCAAAGCGCUUUUUUAUUAAACAGCAAGCAAUCAGAAGGAUUAGUCAUCAAACAAUUGUGUAUCAUUAAUUCCUGCCGCAGAAUGAUACUUCUGAAGGUGGCUUCUAAAGCAGAGAUUAUUCUUUUCAUGUCAGUCGAAGUAUAACCGAAGUAGUGCUUAUGCUGCAGUAAAACUUGAAAGAACUAUUUACACUUUUAUUUAAAAGGGAGUAAACGAAAGUGUGCUCCGUCUCAGGUGAGUCGUAAUUCGGCAUGCAAUGAAAUGUCAAAGUAGCAAGCAUGUAUAUGUAUAUAUACUUAUAUAUGUUAAGUAUGUAUAUGUAUAUGGAGCAUGUAAGUAGCUCUCUGUCACCUGUCAGAUUGUACAAAAAUGGAAAUGUAAGCCAAAUACGCAAAAAAAAACAAGCCCUAAUUUUCUGUCUCAAGUCAAAUAGUUUUUUAUAAGCAAUAAAGUGUUCCUGUUG